GGGAGAAAACAUACACCAACGCCUCUUGCGAUGCGGAUGCGACUGGAGCCAGGCUGAUGCUGAUGGGUCCUGCUGCCCGUUUAGCCUCUGUUCUAGGUUCGGCGCUGCAGUCAGGAAGGGCUGCCGUCAGGAAGAUGGCGCCCUUGAUCGUCAUCUAUGGCUCGACCGGCACUGGCAAGUCGGAUGUAAGCCCGGUCCAUCUUGCUCCGUCUUGCCGUGAUUGAGCAUCGCUGACGACUUCCAGCUCGCCGUGGAGCUGGCAACCAGGUAUAACGGCGAGAUCAUAAACGCGGAUGCGAUGCAGAUGUACAGAGGCUUGCCCAUCAUCACCAACAAGCUCUCGGUCGAAGAACGGCGAGGUAUUCCACACCACCUGCUCGGGAGUAUCGAGCUCGACGAGGACCCCUGGGUCGUAACCCGUUUCAAAAGGGAGGCCACUAGGAUAAUAUCUGAAAUCCGCGGUCGAGGGAAGCUUCCCAUCGUCGUGGGCGGCACGUCCUACUACCUCGACGGUCUGCUGUUUGAAGGCCGGUUGGUCGACGACCAACUGGCACUCGAAGGCGGGGCCGCAGACCGCGAAGAGCUCGCGGAGAAACACCCCAUUUUGAGGGACUCAGCCGAAGCAAUGCUGCAGAAGUUGCGCGAGGUUGACCCCGUGAUGGCGGAGAAGUGGCAUCCGAAUGACGCCCGCAAGAUCCGCACGUCACUGGAGAUCUACUAUGCCACUGGUCGGCGCGCAUCUGACAUCUACGCUGAGCAGCGGAGCAGGAGAGAGUCCAAGUGGGCGUCCCACGACCGCUCCCAAGGUCACAGUCUCGGGCAGAUCCUUUUGUUCUGGCUCUAUGCGCGCCGAGAGGCGCUCAAUGAGCGUCUCGACGAGCGCGUAGACAAGAUGGUGCAGAACGGUCUCCUCAGCGAGACGGCAGAAGUCUAUGACUAUCUCCAGCGGAGACUAGCCGCAGGCGAAACUGUUGACCGGUCAAAAGGCAUCUGGCAGUCAAUUGGUUUCCGGCAGUUCGAGCCGUACCUGUCUGCAGUCAAGCAGACGCCCGAGAGCUCCGAGCUGGCCAAGCUCAAGGCUGCUGGCAUCGAGAGCACUAAGGCGGCGACGCGCCAGUACGCCAAGUACCAGGUCCGCUGGAUGACCAUGAAGACCAUCCCGUCCCUGCAAGACGAGCAGCUGUUGGACAGGCUCUAUCUCUUGGAUAGCUCCGACGUCCAAAGCUGGCAUAAUGAGGUGCUGGAGAAGGGGGUUGAGCUAGCCCGGCAAUUCCUCGCUGGCGAGCAGCUGCCUUCUCCAUUUGACGUCUCCGACACCGCGCGGGAAGUGCUUGUCGGGUCCGUCGAGCGGAGCAAUCGCGAGGACACGCCGUGCCGCAAGACCUGUGAGCUCUGCCAGAAGACCCUCUUGACGGAAGAGCUGUGGCAGGCGCACAUUACGAGCAGGAAGCACCUCAAAGCGGUGCGUGGAGCCAGGAAGAGGAUGCUUAUACCCGCUCACGCCGUGCCGUCAAGGGCGCUGGUAGCAGUUGAGACCGAACCUGAUAGACCACGAGGCACAUAGCCAACAAUAGAAGAUGCUCAAUGAGCCUCAACAUCAGUGACACCUCAGGUGCCUAGUGUCGGCCGGUAAAAAAGGAACCUGGGGUUCUGACCAGCAAACACAGUACCGACGGCCGGCAAGGUAUCGCUCAGGAACACUCUCCUGUCCAACAUCAACCGCCUUCCGCAGUACUUUAGGACCUGG